GUACCUUAAAAUUCAAUCCAAUCUAAUGCUAAAGCUUCACCAUAUUUGCUUGGAGACCACUUGAUUGCUCUUUCUCUCUUCCCUCUCUCUCUUUAUAUAUAUAAACAAUGACUUCAAUUCUAAGUAUAAUUCUCUCGAAACCCUCUUGAAUCAUUAAAAAACUUCGAUAAUUCUAUUUAAUGUCCCAGUAAUUGAGCCAUCAAGCUCAGUACUGUCAAUCUGUCACCGUUAAGCGUUAACCAGUAGUCAAUAUCUCAGUGUCUGCAAAUAACAGAAUCCAAAUGGGGCGCCAUUCUUGCACUGAAAAGGAGAAGCUCAGAAAAGGGUUAUGGUCACCUGAUGAAGAUGAAAAGUUGUACAAUUUCAUCACUAGAUUUGGUGUUGGCUGCUGGAGUUCUGUGCCUAAAUUAGCAGGUUUACAGAGGUGUGGUAAGAGUUGCAGAUUAAGAUGGAUUAAUUAUUUGAGGCCUGAUCUUAAGAGAGGAAUGUUUUCACAAGAAGAAGAGGAUAUGAUCAUUAGUCUCCAUGAAACACUUGGCAACAGGUGGGCUCAAAUUUCAGCACACUUGCCGGGAAGAACAGACAAUGAGAUAAAGAACUUUUGGAAUUCAUCUCUGAAGAAGAAGCUGGUAAAGCAAGGCAUUGAUCCUAAUACUCAUAAACCGUUACCUGAAUCCCGAGAUCUGAUUCUACAGCCAAACGGGCUUCCAAAUUUGGCAAAUUCAGAUGAAAUAGGACAAGAAUUUUGUCCAAACAACGUAAUUUGCUAUAACAGUGAACAAAAAGAAUAUGAUCCUCUGUUCUUGUCUGAGUUUCAAGAAAGUUCUGAUCCUAUUGGAUACCAUUCAAAUUUUGUAACUGAUCAUGAUCAUCAGAAUAAUCAGAUUGCGGGAAAUCCUAAUUCGAAUUCUAAUUAUGGGUUCAACUCAAUGCCAGAUUUAGCGAAUUUCAAUCCUGGGAAUUUCAUGGAUGCACAUCUUUCUGAUAGUUCAACUUCAAGAAUAUGUUCUUAUCUGAGUUCAAGUCAUAGUUCAAAUGUGAACAGCCAUACCGCGAUUCAGGCGAACAAUAUGAUGACAAGUCCUGAAACAUCUUUGUGGGAUUUCGACAAGAAAUUCGGUUCAAUGUUUCAAUUCCAGCUAAAAGAUGAAGAGAAUUCAAGUUCAUGGCAAGAAGGCACAAGCAGCUAUAUAUUCAAGAAUUCAAAAGAUUUCAGUAACUAGCCAUUGACAGCAAUAUCCCAAGAAUUGAUUCACAUAAUUUAAACCUAGAUGUUUUCAACGGAAGUAAACUGUAAAUUAUUUUUUUACGCUCCACAAAUACAUACAAAUACACAGUGAUUUCAGUUAAAAAUCAUGGUUCUUGUUUAUUUUUGUUAUACAAGAUGAUAUUGCAUUUUGCUGAUUGUGUUGUUCUGAGAGUUUGAAAAAAAUAAUGUUUGUAUACACUUUUGAAAGAGUGAAAUGGUUUAAUUUAUGGCCGAAA